CCCCCAAGAAACUCCUGAAAAGGAGAAGACUGCCCGGUUAGCCCUGUAUAUUUCAGUAGCUGGGAGUUUCUCCAGCUGUUUCUUAAUCCUGAUCUUCACCCACCAUGCCAAAGUGCAGGGCCUGAGAGCAGCUGUGAUUUCUCUUGCAGGAGUUGCUGGCAGUGUUUGUGGAAGGAAGUAGCGGGUGGAGUCCCUUCACCAGGAGCAGUCUGGAUCCAAGCUGUAGGAGAGAAGCAGCGUGGGAUUUGUUAACAUGUCCGAUGCCCUGGCAAAUGCCACAUGCCAGCGCUGUCAGGCCCGUUUUGAUCCAUCUGAAAGGAUUGUGAAUAGCAACGGGGAGCUGUAUCAUGAAAAUUGUUUCGUCUGUGCCCAGUGCUUCCGGCAGUUCCCAGACGGGCUCUUCUAUGAGUACGAAGGUCGGAAAUAUUGUGAACAUGACUUCCAAAUGCUGUUUGCUCCCUGCUGUGGGACAUGUGGCGAAUUCAUUAUUGGCCGUGUCAUCAAAGCAAUGAACAACAAUUGGCACCCAGAAUGCUUCCGUUGUGAAUUGUGUGAUGUGGUUCUUGCUGAUCUGGGCUUUGUGAAGAAUGCCGGAAGGCACCUGUGCAGACCCUGUCACAAUCGGGAGAAAGCCAAGGGCCUGGGCAAGUACAUCUGCCAGAAGUGUCACCUGAUUAUUGAUGAGCAGCCUUUGAUGUUCAAGAAUGAUUCUUACCAUCCAGACCACUUCAACUGUACCCACUGUGGGAAGGAACUGACUGCAGAGGCCAGGGAGCUGAAAGGGGAACUUUACUGUCUGCCCUGCCAUGACAAGAUGGGGAUCCCCAUUUGUGGAGCUUGCCGAAGGCCCAUUGAAGGCCGUGUGGUCAAUGCCUUAGGAAAGCAAUGGCACGUUGAGCAUUUUGUCUGUGCCAAAUGUGAGAAACCAUUCCUGGGUCACCGGCACUAUGAGAAGAAGGGCCUGGCAUACUGUGAGACACACUACAACCAGCUCUUCGGGGAUGUCUGCUACAACUGCAGCCAUGUGAUCGAGGGAGAUGUGGUGUCAGCUCUCAAUAAGGCCUGGUGUGUGAACUGCUUCUCUUGCUCCACCUGCAAUAUUAAACUCACACUGAAGAACAAAUUUGUGGAGUUUGACAUGAAGCCUGUCUGCAAGAAAUGCUAUGAGAAAUUCCCUCUCGAGCUGAAGAAAAGACUGAAGAAGCUGUCUGAAUUGGCCUCCCGGAAAGCUCACCCCAAGUCUGUGGACUCAAAUUCUUUCUGAAAAGCCUCUGCUGGGGUCCUGUCCUCACUAUUGCCACGCUGACUUCUUCUUCCCUGUCUGCUCCUCAUCUUUGCUCUUCCUUUCAUCUUCCUUUUGUUCUCCUCUUUUCUACUUCUUUUGUUUCCUUCUUUCUUUCCUUUCUUCCUCCACAUUUGUUGUCCUCUUCCUUUUGUCUGUUGCAGACACUGAUUGGGGCUCUGAAGCCCUAAGAGCACUCAUUGUGGCAGAACCUGUUGAGGAUUGAGGAAAUAGAGGAAGAGACAGGGUCCAGGAGGUGGAUGAGACCUGUACACGCCAUUGCAAUGGCCCACAGCUGGUUUGCUGCUCUCAUCACCAUAACAAGUCUUUGGCAUUCCCCAGCUCUAGUUUCUGCCACCCUUUGACAGUUUUCCAGGAACAUGCAAUUUAAGAUUAAACCACUCACCAAGUGGGAAUACAACUGAAUCCCCGCUGCUGUUUGGAGUGCACCAGACACAGUGAAGCCCUCAUUUAUGGAUCCUUUGGAAGUCAUGGCUCCUUAUUCCUUCAUUCCUUGGGAGAUCUUGCAGCUCAGUGGGUAAUGACCUUCCCAUUCCCUUUCUACAAGCUCUCUCUCCCCAGUGACUCAUAUUUCAUUAUCAUCUGGCUGAGAAAUUCCCUUCUUCCUUUAGAGUAGGGAUUCUUGACCUGGAGUCCACAGACCCCCCUGUUGGGUCCAUGGAUAGACUUGAAUGGGAAAACAAUUUUAUCUUUUUCCCUCAUAUAAUUGGUUUCCUUUGUAAUCAUAUACAUUUUAUGCAUUUAAAAACCUAAUUCUGCAGAGGGGUCUGUAGGCUUCACCAGACUCCCCAAAGGGUCCAGGACAUCAAAAACAUUAAGAUCCCUUACUUUAGGGCCACAUCAGACUCUGUUCAGGUGCCUUAACCCUAUGAUGAGGUGGCUUUCUCACUCUUAGAGGCUUAGCCACCUUGCAGUUGAUAUGGCCCACUUAGAUUCAGUCUAAUUAAACAAGUAUUCACUGAGCAUGCACAGUCCUAUGCUAGAGUCUUUAGAGGGACCAAGAGAAGGCAAAAUAACUGUCUCACAUUUACAGAGUGCUCUAAAGUUUACAUAGUGCUUUUCUUGCAACAGCCCUGUGAGAAGACAUAGUCUUUUCCAUAAAAGAGAUCAUGGUCCAGUUGGGGAGACAAGACUCAAACAUCCAAAACAUUUAGGAAACCAUACCUCCUAACGGAUAAGGAAAUGAAGGCUCACAGACUGCAAAAAGUGCCCUAGGAAGACAGCAGAGACAGACAGACAGAUAGACAAGCAUGGACUGGGGUACUGAGGAAGGAGGAAGCAGGACUUGGCUGGGCUGGCAGGAUGGACAAACCUUGGCUGGUAGAAGAAGCAGAGAGGAGAUGUUGAGAAUGAAAGGAGCAGGAGUAAAUGCAGCCUUCAGGUAUGCCAUGGUGAAAGGCUAGAUCAUGCAAAGUCUGUGUGUCUACAAUCACAGAACCCCUGGGCCAGAAAAAGCAGAGUAGGCCCAAAGGAUGCCUUUUUUCUAUAAGACCAUAUUUAAGAAGGGAAGUUAUCCUAAAGGUAUUACUAUUGGGCCCAGCUGUCCAUUGACUUUCUUUAGGGUUUUAAGGGCUAGAUAUUUUAUCCUCCCCUGGAAUUUCAGUGACUUUAGACAAACUCUGCAAUGUGGUGUGGAGCCAGUGAGUUGGGCAGGAGUGGGGUUGGGGAAGAGCAAGAGAAAAGAAGGAAGCAUCUCUAGGAUUGACAGAAACCUGCAAUCAAUCUAUGGCCAACCUUUUGGUCUAGAACUAUCCCCAAAGACUGCUUGCCUGAGGGGAGCAGGGGAAAUCAAUGAACAGCCCAUGGGUAGAUUCGUCUGCUCCCAAAUAUGAAUCCCCUGUACUGGGGACAGGGACCCACCCCUCUCCUGUCCCAUUUACUCAGCACCAGAGCAUCAUAGAAUAUUACAGAAAGACAGCGCUGAGAGCAUCCAACCCCUUUGUUUGACACAUGAGAAAAAUGAGGCAUAGAGAGAGGAAGGGAUUUGCCUAAGGUUACAAAGGCUAGGAAGUGAUGGACUUGGGACUCAAACUCAGGCCUUCUUCCCAACCCUGCACCAUGCUGCCUCACUAUAAUGAAACCUGCUAUUUGACCCCUUUACCUUUUAUAUUUUGGGAUCCCUAUUUAUUAUUAUUAUUAUUAUUAUUAUUAUUUGCAUAUGGGCACCACAUAGGAUGUAAAGCAUUCAUACACACAGACUCGCAAAGCCUGGACUAGCAAUUACUUCACAUCUCAGUACUUACAGACAGAAAACAUGAAAUGGUUUCUUUUCUUUUAUCCUUCCCUCCAACCAAUUAUGUCAGGACAGCUUUCAGUUGGAUUAGAUUCAGGAUCAUUUCUUUAUAAUAGAGGGGCUUCUCUGGCCAGACUCCUAGAACAUUACACUUACUAGCUGUGUGACCCUGGGAAAGUCACUUAACCCCCAUUGCCCCACAAAAAAAAAAGAAAAAAGAAAAAGGAAGAAUGAGCAAAAAUUUAAAGAGAAGUCAGAAUACUAUGAACAUGUAUUAUGCAUCAUCUUAUUCAUUUUCAUUCUCCAAGUGAGGAAGCUGAGACCUAUCACUCAUCUAAUAUUACAAGCCUAGUUUGUACCAGAAGCAGGUCUAGAACCCAGGGCUCCUGAUUCCCAGUCCAAGGCUCUUUCCAUUGUAUUGCCAUUUGUCCUCAUGUCUAGACUGGAGUAAGAGCUUUUGUUUCACAUUGAGGAAGGCAAGGGCUCACCUGGUAGAUACUCUUGUGUUGAAGCCAACCUUGUGUGAGUGCAUGGUUACAAGGAAGGCAGAAAGAACCUUUCCACUGAAUCCUGGGUAGGAGACCCCAUUGUGACUGUUGGUUUGAGGCUAUUGGACCCACACACCGUAAUCCUGUAUGUACCUAUCAGUGUUACCUAUCAGUUACAACACAUGAGAUAUAUUGUAAUUCAUUUUCAUUGCUUUGCACAAUAAAGAUUUACAAGAAUAAA